AUGAAUCGACCAAAUGUUCAUCUUCUUGAUCUACCAAAUGAGAUGUUAUUUAAUAUUUUGAAGAAACUUGACAAUAUUGAUGUUCUUCAUUCAUUAUUUGGUAUUAAUAACGAACGACUUGAUAGUAUAUCACGAGAAGAAAUUUUUUCUUAUACUCUCAAUUUUACAUCAAGUGUUCAUGACACUACAAUAAUUGAUUCAAUGCUUGGUCGAUUUUGUAAUCAUAUAUUACCUCGAAUUCAUUACAAUGUGAAAUGCUUGAUUGUUGAACCCGCGUCUAUGGAACGUAUUCUUCUUGCUACUCCCUAUCCAAAUUUGACAGAACUAAAAAUUUUUAAUUUUCAACGUGACAGCUCAUUACAUUAUUUCACAGAUGAUUCAUCUCUUCAACAUAUCUUCAAACAACAGAUUACAAAACUUGAUCUUAUCAAUAAAGAUUGUGAGCAUGCAAAUGAUUUACCUAAUCUGAAGUGUUUUUCAGUAAGAUGUUGUUGUUUAAUUAAAGAAUAUGAUAAUAAAAUUGUAUCUCUUCUUCAUCGUAUGUUAUAUCUGGAAAAAUUAACUUUAUAUUUGCGUAUCGCUAAUCAAGGUAUAUUUAUUGAUCCAAUUAACCUUAUAAAUGAAUUUUCAAUGUGUAUACCACGACUUCAUUCAUUCAAAUUUUAUCUUAGUACUGAGAAUAAUAGAAAUGAUUUUGUUCGUUAUAUGUCCAAUAAUAAUAUUAAACAAAAUUAUGUCAAUAUAGGAUAUGAAGAAGUAUCGAAUAUUAUUUGUGCUGUUGAUCCAACUAUAUAUCAUAUAUUUACGUUACCGUUCGAAUUUGACAAGCUUUCGUUUAUUGGUAAUAUAUUUCCAAAUAUUGUAUUCAAUUAUGUUAUCGAAUUACAUAUUGAGGUUACAUCUGAUAAAGGUACAGUUGGCACUGAAAUACCUGGAUUUCCAACGUUUGAAACGACGGAAAAAGGAGGUGUAAAACAAUGA